CAGUCAAAGUGUCCCGUCACUAGACAAACUAAUCUUAAACUUGAGUAAAUGAGUUAAUCAAGCACAGCUAUAAAUACAAGCUGAGUCUAAUUAACGCCAUGCUUUCCUGAUGGACGCAGGACAAGACAGACCUGGUAAAGUCAGUACAGAGCUGGCCAGGAGUUAUGAGGGCCCGUCGCUGUCUGACUUUGACCAAGGCUUUUGUACAGACCGGAGUCUGUCUUUAUCAGCCGUUUCAGCCGAUGGCUUCCUGAGACCAAACAAAGGUGUUGUCCUGGAGUAUUCAGAGCAGGACUCUGCGCCUGCACCAUGUCUGAACUACUCCACGAGUCUCCUGUCACCUUUGGUUGUCCUCCAGAAGCCCGCUCUCUCUCCGGGCAGCAGUCUGAGCACCGCUCUGAUCAGUCCAGUGCAGGGCCAGUCCUCCACACCCUACGAGAGGGUCGUGUUUCAGAAGCCCGUCCUGGCCUGCUCGCUGGACCUGUCCUGUGUGGAUCUGACCACCACACACCCAUCAUGGGAAGUGUCUCUUGUGAAGGCCCUAGUCGAAAGCCCAAAAUCAUGUUUGGAAUCCACAUGGAGUCCUAUUAACCUGUCGGCACAGUCACUGAUGUGGUCAGGAAUGUCCCCUCACCCAAAUGAUUCGGAGGAGCUUCAGCGCUCGUGGAAGGAGAUGGUCAGGCAGCGAUCUAGUCAGUCUUCUGCAAUCCCAGAUCUCCGAGAGGAACUGAGCUCACCUAACUUGGCCAUUUGAUCAAAACCCUAUUUUAGGCUUCUUGCUGCGCUUCUUACUAGAACCGUAUCGAUGAUUAUGUAAAUAUUUAUAGAAUGUAUUUAAUCAAAAAAUAAAGUUUUGAAGUGA